CUCUCAGUGACAUCAGCCUGUUGCUGUGGGAAUGGAUGGUAUUUCACAAUGGAUAAUCUACUAGAACACAGACGGAAAAGCAGACGAAGAAGGAGGAAAAACUAAAAGCAACUGCAAAAGAAGAGAACAAAUUCCCAGGUGGCUAUACAAGUGCUGACACCACAAACUAGCUGGAACAGUGGACAGCCAUGUCACAUUUUCACUGCCAGUAACUAUGACCAUGCCCCUACACAACAAAACCACUGGAGUUACCCUCUUGCAUCAGAUUCAGUCUUCAGAACUGGAGACCUUAAGCAGACCACCCCUGAAGAUCCCGCUGGAAAGACCACUCGGUGAAAUGUAUGUGGAAAAUAACAGGACGGGCAUUUUCAACUACCCUGAGGGCACCACUUAUGACUUUGCUGCUACUGCUGCACCGGUGUACAGCUCUGCUAGUCUCAGCUAUGCACCCAGCUCAGAGACAUUCGGAUCUAGCAGUCUGACCGGACUACAUACUUUGAACAAUGUGCCUCCAAGUCCUGUAGUGUUCCUUCAAACCCCACAGCUAUCCCCGUUUAUCCACCACCAUGGCCAGCAAGUUCCAUACUAUUUGGAAAGUGAACAGGGCACGUUUGCAGUAAGGGAAGCACCACCCCCAACAUUUUACAGGUCAAGUUCAGACAACAGAAGGCAGAGUGGAAGGGAACGCAUGUCAUCUGCUAAUGAUAAGGGCCCUCCAUCCAUGGAGUCUACCAAGGAAACCCGAUUUUGUGCCGUUUGCAGUGACUAUGCAUCUGGGUACCAUUAUGGUGUCUGGUCGUGUGAAGGAUGCAAAGCUUUUUUUAAGAGAAGCAUACAAGGACAUAAUGACUACAUGUGUCCCGCAACCAAUCAGUGCACUAUAGACAAGAACAGGAGAAAGAGCUGCCAAGCCUGUCGACUGCGGAAAUGCUACGAAGUUGGAAUGAUGAAAGGAGGUAUUCGAAAAGAUCGCAGGGGAGGGCGUAUGUUGAAACACAAGCAGCAGAAAGAAGAACCAGAGCAGAAAAAUGAUGUGAAUCCAUCGGAAAUUAGGACAGCAUCCAUUUGGGUGAAUCCUUCUGUGAAAAGCAUGAAGCUGAGCCCAGUAUUAUCACUUACAGCUGAGCAGCUUAUCAGUGCCUUAAUGGAGGCUGAGCCACCUAUAGUAUAUUCUGAGCAUGACUCAACCAAACCACUCAGUGAAGCUUCCAUGAUGACUCUGCUUACAAACCUUGCUGAUAAGGAGCUAGUGCACAUGAUUAACUGGGCAAAGAGGGUGCCAGGGUUUGUGGACUUAACACUCCAUGACCAGGUACACCUUCUGGAAUGUGCUUGGCUGGAGAUCCUAAUGGUUGGUUUAAUUUGGAGAUCUGUAGAACAUCCAGAAAAACUUUCAUUUGCACCGAAUCUGUUACUGGACAGAAAUCAGGGACGCUGUGUGGAAGGGUUAGUGGAGAUUUUCGACAUGCUGGUCACUACAGCUACACGAUUUCGCAUGAUGAGGUUACACGGGGAAGAAUUUAUAUGUCUUAAAUCUAUCAUUCUUCUAAAUUCUGGUGUUUAUACUUUUCUGUCUAGCACAUUAGAAUCUCUUGAAGAUACAGACCUAAUUCAUAUUAUUUUGGAUAAAAUAAUAGACACGUUAGUCCACUUUAUGGCUAAAAGUGGGCUUUCUCUACAGCAGCAGCAAAGACGACUGGCUCAGCUUCUUCUCAUUCUUUCACACAUAAGGCAUAUGAGCAAUAAGGGCAUGGAACACUUAUACAGCAUGAAGUGCAAGAAUGUUGUCCCAUUAUAUGAUUUACUGCUGGAAAUGCUGGAUGCUCAUCGCAUUCAUACACCAAAGGACAAAACUACAACUCAGGAGGAAGAGAGCCGGAGUCCACUUAGCACUACUGUAAAUGGUGCAUCCCCUUGCUUACAGCCCUUUUACAAAAACACGGAAGAAGUGGGCUUACAAAGCACAGUAUGAGAGCGAUUCUGCCUUUUUAAAUGUUUUUUUUUAAUUGUAAUUCUUUUCAUUUUUCAUUUGGCCUUACAUGGCUAUGAAAUUCCCAGCAGAAAUACUACCUAACAAUAGUAUCUUCAUUACAUAAGCUGAAUGAUGCUGCAAAUACAACAAAACGAAAGGAGGAAUCGGCACACAGGAACUUAAGCAAAAUGGGGUAAACCCCUUAUGUGUUUGCAAAUACAACAACACACUCCGAUAUGUACCAAUGAUUUCUAGUAGUCAGCUUGCUUUGCAUCGGAAUUGAAGAGGACCUAUUGCUUUUAAAAGGACUCUCUAAAUUCCAAACCUACGCUUUAUAUGUGACAUUUUUUGUAUGCUAUUUCCUGUAACACUGUGAUGUACUGAAAAAAAAGCCACACUAUUUUCUUUGCUUCUGUUUACAGGUCAAGUCAAGAUAGCACGAGCAGCAGCUUCGAUGUAUUCACUAUAUCUGUGCAAAGUUGUAAUUUUCAAUCAUUUAAACCCACAUAGCACACAGGAACAUAGUAUUCACAGUUCUGCAAUCUCAAUGGAACUAUUACCAAUGUUACUGUGCAUACCACUACAUAUACUACCACUAAUAUCCAUUAGAAAUAUAAUUUUCUGCCAUCAAUCCAUACUCAGCUUCUAGAUGUUUUUUUAAACUAUUUAAGCAAUGUAUGUCUCAUUCUGUUACCAAAUAUGGUAUGCAUGCACCGGCACCAGUCUUUGAUUUGUUAGAUUGUAAGUCUUAGGGGGUUAUUUACUAAACUCCGAAUACCUAGAAAUCCCCAAAAUCUGAAAAAGUUUUGAUUUUUUGUGUUAGAAUUUUUUUUAAAAAUCUCAAUUUUUUCGGAAUUUAUUAAACCCCGAGGGCUAAAAAGCCCGAAUAUAAAAACACGGCAUCUCAAACCUGUCGAGGUUGCAUAAAAGUCAAUGGGAACAGUCCCAUUGAUUUUUGGUUGUGUCGGGGGUUUCUGGCAAUUUCACAAUGUUUUCGGAGCUUUCGGGUGAAAAUUCACAAAAAAA